AAAUAAAUAUAAAAAAUGACCGUAAAUAAGCGCGACGCGAGUGCUACGCGUCCGCGUUGUUUCUUUGAUAUAACGCUCGGCGGUCUGCCCGUCGGUCGCAUUGUUUUCGAACUGUUUGGCGAUGUGGCUCCCAAAACUGCGGAGAAUUUUCGCUCCCUUUGCACGGGCGAAAAGGGCCUGGGUCUGGUCACAGAGAAAAAACUGCACUACAAGGGGGCCAUAUUCCAUCGAGUGGUGAAGGAUUUUAUGGUCCAAGCGGGGGAUUUCAGUGCAGGCAACGGUACCGGCGGCGAGUCGAUUUAUGGCGGCACAUUUGAGGAUGAAAGCUUCGAUAAGAAGCACGACCGCCCGUUCCUGCUGUCGAUGGCCAAUCGCGGCAAGGACACCAAUGGCUCGCAAUUCUUUAUUACAACACAGCCUGCGCCACAUUUGGACAAUCUCCAUGUUGUAUUUGGCCAAGUUAUAACCGGGCAGGAGUUGGUCCGGCAAUUGGAAGAGCUGCCCGUUGACAGGAAUUCGCGACCACUGCAGGAUGCGGCCAUCGCCAAUUGCGGCGAGCUAAUCAAACAGACAAAGGCCAAAAAGGAGAAGAAGCGUAGAAAGCGCUCCACGGCCACAGAGGACACAAACAGCGGGGAGAGCGAGGCGGAGGCUAAGACACAGCAGCGCAAGGACAAAAAGAAGAAGCGCCGCAAGGAGGCAAAGGCCAGCGAGAGCGAAGACAGCGAUAAGGGACGCGGUAAUGGCCGCCAUGCCCAGCAUCAUUCAGACAAUGGCGAGGAGGAACAAGAGGAAGGUGAACUGCAUCCUUUGGUCACCAUCACCAAGAUAGAUCCUAACGAGAUACCAGAGGUAUCGAACAAAUUUCUCAUGCGCAGCGAAAAGUCUCGGUCCAGGGAGCGGGAGGAGCGUGAGGUGCGCGAAGAUCUCGGCUAUGGCCGGGAUUUGGACCGUGAACGCAAUCGCGAUCGGGGCAAGGAUCGUGAACGCGAGCGGGACCGUAAUCGGAAUGCAUUUGGGUGGUCAAAGAAGCAGCCGCCGCCCACAUCUCGCAGUGGCCGCAUCGUCAAGGGUCGCGGCGUGUUUCGUUUUCGCACGCCCUCGCGCAGUCGCUCGAGAAGCAAUACGCCGCCGCACUGGAAACAUGCCCAGAAGCGGACCAUUAAGCUCUCGGAUCUGGAGCGCAUCGAGGAGGAGAGCAAGAUGCGGGAGGAGGAGACAAAGCGGCGCGAGCAUGAGCGCAAGAAGCGCCACGAGGAGGCCAUCAAGAACCCCAAAAAGUCCUUCUUUGAGCUGUCGCAUGCCAGCACCUACGGCGGCAAACUGACGCCGGACAGAACACCCGAUCAUAAGGGCAGCAGUGGCAAGGCCACGACCAGCAAGGAGCCCGACCGCAAGGCAAAGGAAGCAAAGGAGAAGCCAAAAGAGGAGACUGCUGCGCCACCACCCAAGCGUCGAAAGUCGAUGGACAUGAAUGCCCUGGACUAUGAACAGCAGACGGAUAGCGAGCCAGAGCCCGAGCCCCCCGAGGUGGUGCCCGUCAAGGAGUUGAAGAAACCAAGCAAGUCCGAGUCCAAGACAGAGGCGCCACAGAAGAAGGACCGCGACGACAGCCGAUCCAAGCGUGACGAACGCAAGAACGAAGAGAAGCCCAGGGACCGCGAUCGACAGCCGUCCAGGCGCACCCGUGAGCGCUCCGCCUCGCAGCCGUCGCGCAGCAAUCGCAAUCAGAAGAGUCGCUCCCGUUCUGGCCAGCGUUCGCGUCGGUCCCCGCCUCGGCGGGCGCAGUGGUCGUCGCCGGGGCGGCGGGGCCAGGGGGGCAACAAUAAUCAGGGCCAGCAUCAGAAUCCGCAUCAGAAUCCACAUCAGAAUCAGUUCCAGAACCAGCAUCAGAACCAGCAGCAUCAGAUGAAUCGCAAUCGCCGCAAUCCCUUUUCCGACGGAGGCCGUCGCCGUCGCUCGCGCUCUCAGGACGAUUACAAGAAUCGCUUUCCCCUGUCGCCCAUUCGGGGACGAGGAUCAUCGCCAGUCGGCGAUCGUCGCCGACAGCAGCGUUCCCGCAGCCGUGGACGGCGACAGCAAACACCCGAUCGCCGUCGCCAGGAAUCGCCGGCCCCGAAUCACAGGCGUCAGGAAUCUACAGACAGACGUCGCCAAGAGUCCCCACCAACAGAUCGACGCCGCCAGGAGUCGUCGCCGGCGGCAAGGAAGCGCCAGGACUCGCCAGUACGCAAGCGGCAGGAGUCGCCGGUAAACAGAAAGCAAAAACAGGACUCGCCGCCAAAAAGGCGGCAAGACUCAACCGGACGAAGGCGUCAUGAUUCCUCGCCCGAGCAUCGGCGCAGCCGCAGUCGUGGUGGCCGCCGGCACAGCUCCUCGCGCAGCAACAGCAGAUCCCGGCGCCGAUCACGCAGCAGCCCGUUGCCCAAGCUGACAUCGGCCCUGCCCAUGGACGAGGACCGUGAGAAGGCGGCGCGCGAAAAGAUGCAGAAGCGAGCCGAGGCAGCCCUGCUGCUGAAGGAGCACAUGCGAAAGGAGAUAGCCAAAGAGGAGGAGCGCCGAGCCGAAAAGCAGCGACAGGACGAUAUCGAGAAGGAGCGCACCACCCGAGAGCUGAGCGAGCUGGAGCGCCUCAAGGCGGAGACCCUCAAGAAACUGCACGAGGAGGAUCGGAGUGGCGGUGGAAUUGCACCAGGAGCCGGGGCUGCAACAGGACCCGAACAGCCCUCGUCCAGUCGCGGCAAGCGCGACAGCAGCCACGAGGAUCGGCAUCGCGACAAGAAGCGUAAGCAUAAAAAGUCCAAGAAGGCAUCCACCCGCUCCGACUCCGAUUAGAGUAGAGUUUAAGGCAUUUUGACUAUCACAUCAAAUCGAAAACUUUCGUUCCACCAAUUCGCGACAUUUUACACUCAACGGCCAUUGUAUAAAUCGUGUCCCAAUCUCUGUACUGAAGACCGUUCAAUAAAUGCAAACUUUACUGUA